AUGAGGUCAGAGCAGGCCCAGUCCAUCAAGGACCGCCAGAUAGCAGGACUCGGUGAUCCCCAAGUGGCAUUUAGCAGGUCUGGCUAUGAGACCUGCCUACUGAAUGGAGUCCAGCAAUCUGCUGAGGCCUGGCGUGGUCGCUGUUCCCUCUCAGCUGCUCAUUCAAACACAGUGAGGUAUUUGGACGGUGUCAUCCUCAGCAAUGAACUUGGUGAAGUUCUGCAGGAAAGUUCUCCUCCCCGCAACCUCCACCAGUGUAGCAGAGCGUCUGGAAACAACAUAAUACGACCAUCGACUUCACUGGGACCAGUAAACCAGACGAACUGUAAGGCUGAUCGUGACUGCGGCAAUCAGGAAUACUGCGAACAAGCGUCGCAAAAGGCUCCCGUGUGCGCUGCCUGCCGGGUGGAGAGACGUCGCUGUCAGAGGAUCGGCGUGUGCUGUCAAGGACUCCAGUGCAUUAACGGGCAAUGCAAAAAAUCAAGAAAAGAAGAACCAAACAAUCCCAACAGAAGAAAAUCACGUCCAAAACACAAAAGGAAGGAAAAGAAAAAAGGCCAAGAGAUGGCAAAAUGCGUUCGCUCCGAAGACUGUGGUGAAGGAUUGUGCUGCAGGCGCUACCUGAAGGGCAACAAGUGUCAGCGCAUUGGUACCGAGGGCGAGGCCUGCUCCUUGCACUCGCACUCCAAGCGCCCCCGGGCUGUGGAGUACUGCCACUGCGCCCAAGGUCUCUCCUGCCAUGCCCAGGACCAAAGCACGAAAGGCAAUGGAAUCUGCCGACCCACCAGCCCGUUCAGUUAGAUGUAGAAAGACCAACGGCAGUUUCCGCAACAUAAAUAUUAGUCAUUAAUGAAUGCAUGUCUUGUUUCAGCUUCAUCUAUUGUUUUGGUGCCCGCAUUUAAAAUUCACUUUUGUGUUUUAAUUCCUCAAGCCAAUCCAGACUGUAUUGUGUUUCUGUAAGAACGUUUGUGUGUGUGUGCGUGCGUGCGUGGUCACAGCAUUUGCAAAUGUUAUUGUAAUGUAGUAGAAAUUAUUUCUCUAAUUUAUGUUUAUUAGAGAUUGAAAUUUGGGACUCUCUAGGAACAGACCACGUUGUGAAUUCCAUGGUGCUCGCUUUCCUUCCCAUUUAAUAUAUUUAUGAAGUUAAAGCCUAAUACUAUUAACUGUUUGUCAUUGACAAAAUGUUCUAUUGUCUUCAGCCAGACUGUAAAAUUAAAUUUGUGGGUGCUGGGUUUAUAUGCUGAAAAUAAUUGUGCUGUUGGUACCGGAUGCAAAUGACAUUGCUUUUCCGUAUUUGAAUUUGGAUAUCAGUUGUAGACCAUAAUCUUUGAAGUGGCAUCCUUAUUUCCAGAAUUUGGCCCUCAUAGUUGUUUAUAUAUUUUUUUUAACUCCGACUUAAAUUGAUAUAGCCAGUCGUUACAGAGCGUCCCUACCGGUUAGAGAAGAAAACAGCGCACUCUGCUGACCGCAGUGGAGAACUCCAACAGCAUUAAAUGUAGAGCAGUGAACUUCGUUCUAGCGGUAGAGUAGUAAACUGACGAAAUUAUCUGUUGCUGCAUGCAAGAAAAAUAAAAUGUUUUAUUCUUGUAA